AUGCCUAUGGAACCUAUGGAUAUCAUGUGGAUGGCAAAGGCACCCACCGUCAACGAUGUUGUUUCCAAGUCGAACAUCGUGUUCAAGCCAGCUGUUGGACAACAAACUUCUCCUACCACUACCGUCGAUGCUGGGGAUAAUGACUUCUUCUGGAAACCAAGCAGAAUGGGACGUUUAGAUCGUACUCUUUCUGCCGGUUCCAAUGAGGAUCUCCAUGAGCGUAAGACAUCCUUCUCGGAGGGAAGCACUUCUUCUCCAGUCGAGUGUCGUCAACGUCGUAUGUCCUUGUCCGGAAUUUUGGGAAAUGCCGGUGGCUUCAACUGGGGACAGAAUUCCUCUAAGGGCAGUCCAGUAGGACCUAUCUCGGAACGUCGCAUGUCGUUCACCGAGGAUACGAGAUUGAAGGAUUUGAUGAAACAUCAAACUAAAAUUCUCGGAGAUGAUGGUGCUGGAAGUGCAUUCAAGAGAAAAGAUUAUACCAUCUCGAACUAG